GAGAUAUUUGAGCUGUUUGAAAGAACGAUAACAGAGUACGAGGAGGAGCUGGAGUUCAGCUCAAAAGAGAUUCACCGACAACGGAAACUACUGGACACUGUUUUCCACCCGGAAGUCCGGUUACACAGAGCAGCUUCAGUAAUCUCUCAGAUUACAGUUUUCAUCCUAAUCCUGUCCAGUGAAACCCCGGUCUACUGUCCCGAAGUGAAGAAAUUAUCCUUUUACUUUAUUCUGUCUAUAGUGGUUGGUGGUAAUUUAAUUAAUUAGGAAGUAAACUAUUGUAUUUGUAUCUAAAUAUUUUCCUUGAUGACAAUAAUUCUUGGCAUUAGUAGUUUUUAAUUAUGUAUUAUAAGCUGCUUAAAACUAGUGUUACGAAGUUAAACAGGUCAUAACUCCCUCUCUAAUAUCUAUUUUAAAACAGCUCCUUCAAACAACUGGAUUUAUUCAAGUUUCUCAUCAAAAACUACAUUUUACAAGAUUACACUUGAACACACCAUAAUGCUAUAAUUUACUUUCGCCCAAUAUAAGUUUUUACUGAAUAGACAUUGAACACAUCUUAAUUUAAUUCAAUGGCUCCUGCGAUAAUUUAGCUGUUAACUCCAUUAUUUAGCUCGUUAAUGUGAACUAGCUCUCCACUGGUUCAAUCGAAAUUAACCCUUAAUUCGCGAUACAUGUCCCGCAUCAGAAAUGUUACUUAAGUAAAAGUAUGUGUAGAAGCAGUUUUGCGUUAUUGUUGGCAUUUAUUAUUAUUUGGUUUAAGCCCUGCAAUAUUAUUUUGGACACUUGGUGGUGGGGAUUAAAUGCACUGGGCUGUCAGUAUAUAAGGGUGGACAGGUGACAGGAAGUGGGUUAUAGGACACAGGUAGAGAGAGCAAACAGUUCUCACCAGUGAGCGACCCGAAUAGGACAGUGAGCAUCAGCGAUAGAUCAGUGACAGUGAUCAACUAAUACAGCCGAACAAAUCAGUGAUAACCUACAACCGAACCAGCUACUCAACCGGAACAGUGGCAGACUACAACAGUGACAGUGAUAGACCCGAACAACGGCAACAACUAUAUUCAUAGAACUGCAAACCAACCAUAUCUACAACCGGAAGCUCCAUCUGCGUAAGAACCCACACACCUAUCUGUGUGGAUGGCAUAAGAACAUUGGAACAUUUGGAAAUUGGAAAAUUUCCAUUACAGUAUAUGUCCAGCAGCUGUUUAUGGAGCAGCAGGAGUGGAGCCCCAGUCUGGACCAGGAGGACCCCGAGCCCCCACACAUUAAAGAGGAACUCUUUAUCUCUGAUCCUGUCCCUGUGAAGAGUGAAGAAGAUGAUGAAGGGAAAGCUCAGUCCUCACAGCUUCAUGAAAGCCAAACUGAGGAGAACAGAGAUGCAGAGAGAACAGAAAGUGAUGAAGAGGACUGCAGAGGAUCAGAUCCGUAUAGUCCUUUACAACCAGCUACUCGUGUCAAGACUUCUCACUCCCCUGACCCUGACACUGAUGACAGUUGUGAUUGGGAGGAGAGUAAUGAGCCUCUGUCAGGUUUAAACCCUCUGCAAAACAAUGAAGUACCUGUAAGUGAUGAAGAAUGUAAUACUGGAAAGACUAGCUCCUCUGAAUGUGCCAGAAGCUUUGGCCACAAGGAACAUCUGCUGAAACACACUGGAGUCCAUAUGGGGGAGACACUCUUUAGUUGCCCCUUCUGUGACGACACAUUUGCGAAGAGGUCAGGUUUGACCAUACACCUUAAAAUUCAUAAAGAAGGAAAACUUUUCAGCUGCUUAGUUUGUAAACAAACUUUUAAAUGGAGAGGAGAGAUUUUGUCGCACAUGAGAAUCCACACAGGGGAGAAACCAUUCAGUUGUUCACUUUGUAAUAAAGCAUUCGCAAAACAUGGAAAUCUGAGGCAACAUAUGACUGUCCACACAGGGGAGAAACCAUUCAGUUGUUCAGUUUGUAAUAAAAAAUUCACAAAAAAGGGACAUAUGAAACAACACUUGACUGUCCACACGGGGGAGAAACCAUUUAGUUGUUCAGUUUGUAGUAAAGGAUUUGCACGCCAUAGUAAUCUGGCACGACACUUGACUGUCCACACACACAUGGGAGAAACCAUUUAGUCAUUCAGUUUGUGAUGAAAGAUUCACUCGGCUCCGUAGUGUCAGAAUAUACAAGUGUGUUGGUGAGAGCAGCAGAAAGAAGGUCGUCGUAGAGAAGAUGCUUUCUGAAACAUCGUCUCCCUGAAGGGUUGAAGUUAUGAGCUAAAAACUGUCAGACUAUAGGAACUGCAAAAUAAAUGUUUUCAGCUAAAAUGAAAGUUACACAAACAUUUAAAUUCUAUUUUAACUUUUUAUUCUGGUCACUGUACCUUUUGGUAUUACAUGUAUUCAUUGAAUAACAUCGUUUUGAAUUGUCUAAGUAUUGUAUGUUAAUGUUGAAUUGUGUAAUUCAAUAAAUAAAUAGUCUGCAUCAGGCUUCACCAUGUGGCAAAACACC